UCAGCUUUGAGCUGCGACCCCCCACCUGCCGAUAUAGGUGUGAUAGUAAAAGGUAUACCAGAAAAUGACGAUCCCAUACUUCCUGACCGAUUCCUCACAUUCAGCUGUGAUGAUCCUGGGAAAUAUCUGAAUGGCAGUUCAGUGCUGAUAUGUGGCAGAGAUGGACAGUGGGAUAAUCCAUUACCCUCUUGUGAAGACAUCACUUGUGAGGCUGGCGUGAUGCCCCCUCAUCUCAAUGUAGCUGGACUACCACCAGCCAAUGAAACAAUGAAGAUUGGACAUAAAUUACAGUUUAGCUGCAAAGACCAAUAUACAAUGGAGGGGUCUGCAGAAAGUGAAUGUUUACAAACUGGGCAGUGGAGUGUCACCUUUCCAACUUGCGCUGAAAAUUGCAAAGUCACAGGUGUAUCAGACAGUGUUCUCCUCAUCCCACGUAUACGAGUAAAUCAACUGAGAAAAGGAGAAAAGUUAACCUUUCAGUGCAGGAGGCGUGGAGACUUUCUUCAAGGGAAAGCAGUGGUCACAUGUUUAGCAGAUGGACAGUGGAGUGAUCCCUUCCCAACAUGUGGAGCUCCUUUGGGUUGUGGUAAACCACCAUCACUUCUAGAUGGAGACAUCAAGACAUCUCUUCAGUUCCAGUACAGACAUAAUCACAGGAUUGAAUACAUCUGUCAGAAUUUCUACACUAUGGAGGGUCAGCCUUACAAAACCUGCAUCAAUGGUGAAUGGACUGGACAGAUGAGAUGCCUCAAACCCUGCACUGUGGACAGAGACGCCAUGAACGUACAUAAUAUUGCCUUCAGAUAUACAUAUGACGAUAAGCUGUAUUCAGCCCAUAAUGAUGAAAUCGAGUUCAUGUGUAAAAGACGAAGAGCACUUGUUGGUAGAUAUGGCCUGCGUCAGAAGUGUGUUGAUGGUGUGAUGCACCUUCCCACUUGCCAGUAAAGCUUUUUAGUCAACUGGAUAUGAUAAACAUGAGCUGGCUGGACAAACAUGUAAAUGAUUAAUCAAAGUAAAUAGUUAGACCAGUGAUGUCCUCCUGAUGCAGUGUCUAUACUUUAGUGCUGUGUGUGGUCAUUUUAAUAAAACAUAUAUCUUCCCUCA